AUGGCCGAGGAGCAUCAGAUUAUCGAUAGCUCGGAUCUUGGAGUUUUUGAUUCGGACUGGAGUUGGCUCAAUAACGAUCCCUUAUACUGCUCCCAGGCAAACCAAGCCCCAGUGGAUGAAAUUACAAAUGAACAAACACACAUACAGCCUAUAUACUCACCCUUUGGUUAUCUGAGCCCUGACACUGGGUUUUUGGGCUCGGUAUCAACAUCCGAUGUGAAUCUGGACGGGCCCGAGAUCGGCCUGUCAACAUCAGCUGGAAAUAGUCCACUGUCACCUCUUCACUCUGGAACUCCUAGUCCAUCGAUGGGAUAUGUCGGUCCAUAUAUGCGACAUGGAACUCCAAGGAAUCUCCCAGUAUCUCAACCGCCGUCUGGGGUGAAUACCCCGCCACGGGGUCUCCCCAGACGACGAAGUCGCUAUUUCAUGCCACAAUCAGCAUCCAGGCAGAGGAGCAAUCCGAUAAUGAUACCAAGUGCUCCUCCGACAGAACAGUCUCUCGACCCGAUGCAGAGAUGGCAAGAGUCACCGCCAGAAGACGAACCGGCCUCCAUGUCCGCUAUCAUGGAUGCAGUCAACAACGCAGUCAUCCAGGAUAACGCCCGACUGUCCGAUUACCCUGACACGGCCUCAGAAACGAAUAGCCGUGGGUCGCUAGAUGCUUUCCGUCACCAUCGUGGACGCCCUUCAUCGGCAAGUGGUGACAGCGGUACCAGCAUCUCGUCCAAGUUCUCGGGUGCCUCGCACCGUUCUGCAGGCUCGGGGGUUUCACCGUCCGGCUCCUUGAGCCAUAAGUCACAAUCGCGAGUAGGCAAGUCACGGCAGACUAAGGGGCAGACCAAGGGACAGACGAAGGCAAGUCUAGAUAUGCGAAGAAGAUUCUGCUGUACAUUCUGCUGCGAUCGCUUCAAGAGCAAAUAUGACUGGGCUCGGCAUGAGAAAUCGCUCCAUUUGAACCUGGAAAAAUGGAUCUGCACCCCAUUUGGCGGCGUUGUCUUCUCACCCACCACCAACAGAACACACUGUGCAUACUGUCAUGCUCUUGAACCUAGUUCCGAACACCUUUCGCUACAUAAUCAUCUCGCGUGCCAAGGAAAUAAUCCCGAAUUCCGCCGCAAGGAUCACCUCACCCAACAUCUGCGCCAUACACAUAAGCUCGAAGUCAUGCCUUUGAUCGAUGACUGGAAAAUAGCUGGACCGGCUGUAUCAUCACGCUGUGGAUUGUGCGAUACCACAAUGGGUACCUGGACCGAGCGGAUCGAACAUUUGGCUGGACACUUCCGCGAGGGCACCACAAUGAAGGAAUGGCGCGGCGAUCAUGGCUUUGCGCCAUUUAUUGCUGCACAGGUUAAGAACUGGAUGCCGCCGUAUAUGAUUGGAUCCGAGUCGCAUAGUCUGAUUCCAUUUUCUGCAACGGAUUAUAAUGUUCAGGAUCACUUGAACCAGAUCUCUGCGCGGGUACAUGGUGAAGAGACUCUCACGGAGCAGACCGAUCUCCCUGCUCUAGAUGAGAUUCCGCCAAGAUCACAGUUGAGUUCCUUCACGGAGGUUUUGACAAAGCAUCUUAGUCAGUAUGCACAGCGGCAGAUGAAGUUGGGGAUAGUCCCGACGGAUGAGAUGUUCCAGCGGGAAUCGCGGCGCAUUGUUUAUGAUACCGAGGAUUCGUGGAAUCAGAGUAUCGCAGAUAAUUCGGAGUGGUUGGAUGCUUUUAGGAGAUUGCAUUGUCAGCCAAUGCAGGUGAUUGGAAGUCCGCAAGUGGACCAGGAGAGUGGAUUGCCCGUAUGA